GAGCAAACACUUUACAGAUUUUUUCAAAGUUCAAAAAAAGGGCGUCCACAAACCCCUCCCAGACAUACAUACGUACUUACACUCAGAAAAUAUUUGUUCAUAAUAUAGAAGCAAAUACAAUAGCAUAGAAACAAAAACCUACAGAGCCCCCUGUACAAAAAUUGUGGUCGACGUCCAAUUCUUGCAUUCUCUCUCUCUGUCUCUCUCUCUCUCUCUCUCUCUCUCUCCAUUUGUGUAACUUGAAUUUAUAAAAUAUAUAGAGAAGCAGAACCACAACAACGCAUUUUGCACUUACAGAACCUCCUUCCAAUUGCCUUACAGGAUAACAGCUUUUCAAUUCCUGUCCAGGAUAUAUAUAUUGUUUACAUAGGAAGUAAGCUGUGGUUGUUGCACCAAUCCCACUACACAAAAGUUUUCAUAUUACUCCAAAAUCUAUACAUAGAGAGGGUGGAAUCUAUACAACCUUUGUGUAUAUAUAUAUAUAGAGGGGCUUAAUUGGCUGGGAUGCUUGCUGUCUCGCCAUUGAGGAACACCAAGAAUGAAGCUGAAGGCGAAAUGGAGGGUUUCUCAAUGGGAGAGAAUGAGUUUCCGGAGUUCUCCGCCGGGAAUUUGCUUGACAGCAUUGAUUUCGAUGACCUUUUCGUGGGAAUCAGCGACGGAGACGUGUUGCCCGAUUUGGAGAUGGACCCGGAAAUUCUUGCUGAAUUCUCAGUUGGUGCAGGCGAGGGAUCGGAGGUGAACGUCCCAUCAGUAGUUUCAGCUGAGAAAUCGGAGGAGGAAAAAUACAGCUCAAGAAAACAAGAAACAGUUGCAGCCAGCUCGGGUUCGGGUUCGGGUUCUGUUUCGGACCUCGGGUCCGGAUAUUCAUCAAGCCCGAUUCAGGGAGAGGAGACUGUGAGUAAAAGGGAUGAAGCUGUAGGGGUUAACCCAUCUCCCAAAGAAGCUGAUAAAGGAAGAAAAUCAUCGGCCCACUCGAAAAACCCUCCGGGGAAGAGGAAAGUGAAGGUGGAUUGGACGCCAGAACUUCACAGGCGAUUCGUGCAAGCAGUGGAGCAACUGGGCGUGGAUAAGGCAGUGCCUUCAAGAAUUCUUGAGCUCAUGGGAAUUGAGUGUCUCACUCGCCAUAACAUUGCCAGCCAUCUUCAAAAAUAUCGGUCACAUCGGAAACACUUGCUAGCCCGGGAAGCGGAGGCGGCGAGCUGGAGCCAGAGGCGGCAGAUGUACGGCGGAGGUGGGGCGGGGCCAGGGAAGAGAGAUAAUGUGAGCCCUUGGAUUGCACCCAGCAUCGGGUUUCCGCCCGUGACACCAAUGCCUCACUUUAGACCCUUGCAUGUAUGGGGUCAUCCACCCGUCGACCAAUCGCUGAUGCACAUGUGGCCGAAACAUCUAACCCCCUCACCGCCGCCGCCACCACCACCACACGCUUGGCCUCCAGCUCAGCCCCCUCAUCCUCCUCCGCCGCCACCUCCAGCUGACCCUUCUUUUUGGAUUCCCCACCACCAACAUGUUCCAUCACCGGGAACGCCUUGCUUUCCUCCACAACUGCAGCCUACGAGGUUUCCCACUCCAGCAGUCCCCGGCAUACCACCUCCGGCAGCCAUGUACAAAGUAGAGCGGCCCGGCCUUGGCGUGCCGACUGUACCUCCCGGCCAAUCACUGCCUCAACCCCCAUCAGAUGUUCACCCGUCAAAGGAGAGCGUGGAUGCAGCCAUCGGAGAUGUUCUAUUGAAGCCAUGGCUGCCGCUGCCACUUGGGCUAAAGCCCCCGUCUGUUGACAGUGUGAUGGUGGAACUACAACGUCAAGGGAUAUCAAAAGUACCACCAACUUGUGCUUAACUAAACUCAACUCGACGACAUUUCCAGCACUCAGAUGAUUGAAAUCGUCUAAUGUGCAUGUUCUUUUUCAAAUUAUUCCCAGCUCUUCUCUCUCUCUCCCCCCCUCUAUGUGUGCUGUUCUUAUUUCCUUUUUUACAAAGAACGAUGGAUGUGUAUCAUGAAGGUCUGGACAUUAUUUUUUGUAAUGUUAAUUACCAUAAAUAUAGAGUAAUUAGCGGCAGAAGAACUUCGCCUUGCGUUCUAAACUUAAUUUAUUUUCUCUAAUAACUCAUUUUUGUUGUUUUCAA